CAACCGGAGCAUGCGCAGAAAGGGGCUCGGGUUUUCUGCUAGGCCUCUUGACUACUACUAGGCCUCAAGACAUUUUCUAACAAGGAUCAAUGCUGGAUAAAUGAGGCUUGCGAUCUGGAUGUAGGUGAACUACAACUCCCCCAAAUCAAGGAUUUUCUUACUAAAUGAGCCAAUAAAUCAGCUGUCUACCUUCUGGUUUGGCCGAAAUUCAAUAAUUUUGACUCCCAACCCGAGGAGAUGCGUGGAAUUCCUGUCCCCAAACGGCAUCAAUGUCUCCAUUCUCUUGAAUACCUGAGGAUUCUGCAUCUGGUCCCGAGGUCGGAUCAUGAACAUCUUGGCUCCCGUCAGAAGGGACCGGGUCAUCGCUGAAUUGCCCCAAGUGGGGAUGCAGUGUUUCACCAAAGAGGUGGCCUUGCAUUCCCGGUCGGACUUCCACCCGAAAGUGACCGCCACUUGCCAAGCGCAACGGACCGGGACUGUGGGGUUCAAGAUCUCAAAGAUCAUUGUGGUGGGCGAUCUGUCGGUGGGGAAGACCUGCUUGAUUAAUAGGUUUUGCAAAGACACUUUCGACAAGAACUACAAAGCCACGAUCGGGGUGGACUUCGAGAUGGAGCGUUUUGAGGUGCUGGGGGUCCCCUUCAGCCUGCAGCUCUGGGACACAGCUGGCCAGGAACGCUUCAAAUGCAUCGCUUCGACUUAUUACCGUGGAGCCCAAGCCAUCAUUAUAGUCUUCGAUGUGAGCGACGUGGCGUCCCUUGACCACGCAAGGCAAUGGCUUCAGGAUGCCUUGAAGGAGAACGACCCGUCCAGCGUCAUCCUCUUCUUGGUCGGGACCAAAAAGGACCUCUGUCCUCCUGCCCAGUACAGUCUUAUAGAACAGGACGCCCUCAAAGUUGCCAAAGAGAUGCAGGCCGAAUUCUGGGCCGUUUCCUCGCUGACAGGCGAAGGCGUGAGGGACUUCUUCUUCCGAGUGGCCGCCUUGACCUUCGAAAGCAGCGUCUUGGCCGAACUGGAGCGAAGCCAUUUGCGCCGCAUCGGGGACGUUGUCCGGAUCCACAGCAACGAACGGGAUUUGUACCAGACGGAAAAGCGCCGGAAAUCCAAUUGCUGCCAAUGAGGACACGGCAUUUGCCCGCUGCUGUAUUUGCACUGAACUUUUGUACCAGUUUCCGAAACCAAAGGAAAACCGAAAUGAUCUGUGUCUUGGAUGGAUCGGGACCAUCUUCCCAAUGGAAACCUUCAUUGCAUUCCCACUCCAAAUUAUAAUUUUUCUAGCUUUGUGGAAAUCCAAAGCCAUACUUAUACCAAUUUAAUAAUAAUAAUAAUAAUAAUAAUAAUAAUAAUAAUAAUAAUAAUAAUAAUAGUGUAUGAUCCAGUACAACAGCCAGCAGUGUCUGCUGUGGACUCAAAUUCAAAUAAUUCAAAUAAUAAUAAUAAUACCCAGUGUUGAAAAGCGCAACCAUGCUGUCCCACCUUUUCUGGAUAUUAUUUACAGGAUUUAUUAUGGAUAAUAAAAUUAGAUUUUUCCAAAA